AUGACUUCAUCAGAGCCACAUGUCGAGGAUCCUUCGGCAGUAAUCGAGGAGAAGGAGCUCAUCCGCUUCGACAAGGCACAGGAGUACCUCUCACUCCUCUCGAUCCUUGUACCUUCUGCACCUGGCACGAGCACGCGCCACCCGACGCCACCAACUCCCUCGACCCCGUCGGUCACCCAGGAUGACGUUCUCGCGAAACUGAUCGCCAUCCUUGACGAAUACCAAGACCAGUCCAACUUACUGGAUCCCUACCUUGAACGUAUCGUCCUGCCGCCAGUCGAAUCUCUGCAGCGACACGUGCGUUCUAAUGUCAGCUUCAACGGCGGUGAGGCGCAGCAUCGGCUGACGCCGGAGGCUGUGACUCGUCAGAGCAAGCUCGUCUACGCCUACACCAAAGUACGAGGCUACAAGACCAUCGUCCACUACUUUCCACACGAAGUUGCCGAUCUUCCAGCAACGCUGUCGUUCCUCGAGAAGCUUCAGCGACUGUGCGAGGAUGAACCGGACAGUACGGCUGCAGUGUGCUGGGAGCUACGAUACGUUUGUCUACUGUGGCUAUCGCUGAUCUGCAUGAUCCCGUUCGACUUGGCCAAAUUCGAUCGAUCUGUCGAUGGCAUCAAGACGACUGCGUCUAGGAUCGCUGCAGUAGCAGCGUACUUUAUCGCAAGUCCUGGAAAGGAGCGUGAUGCCGCUGCAGUCGUCCUCGGACGCCUUUUCCAGCGAAGCGACGUUCAACUCAAAGACCACUUUGGUGACUUUUUGGCAUCGAGCCUGCAAGCGCUGCAGAGCGAACGACUCAGUCCCUUUCGCGCGACCGGCAUCCUUCAAGCGCUAUGCGAAGUACUCAAGACGAGCGAGUCUGCCUUUGUGCUCAAGCAUCUGAGCUCGAUCCAAGAACUCCUCGACGCAUAUGAUGCUCCCACUCACUCUGCCCUUGCCAGCAACGGCUUGAUCACCAAGUACCAGACCAAGCUCAACAGCAGAUUGGCGCUCAAGUUGCUCCGACCCCGAAACCGACGGUAUGCGAACAAGUAUCACGUUCUCGGCGCCAGCGUCAGUCAUCUCACUCCCUCGACCCCAGCAAUACUGGAUGAUGAUGACGAAGACGAAUCCGACACCCCGGAAGAGGUUGAGUCAAUGAUUUCUUACCUCAUCGAAGCGCUCCAGAAUAAAGACACGGUGGUUCGAUACAGCGCGGCGAAAGGACUUGCCCGAAUCUGCGAUCGUCUUCCCACGUCUUUCCUCGAUCAAGUCGUUGACGCCAUGGUCUCGCUGUUCCACAUCAACAUUCCAGACCUUUACAGCGGUGCAAGGGAUCUCAGCUCUGUCUCCGAACACACCUGGCAAGGCGCAUGUAUGGCCCUAGCCGAACUCUCACGGCGCGGCCUACUGUUUGCUCAAACGCUGUCGGAAGCCUUACCAUGGAUCCUCAAAGCGCUGCUGUUUGAUGUUCGAAGAGGAGCACAUUCAGUAGGCGCCAAUGUCCGUGACGCAGCCUGCUAUGUUGUUUGGGCGUUGGCUAGGUCGAACGACACCGAAUCAAUUCGACCGCACGCCCUCGACCUAGCAAAGCGGUUAGUCGCAGUUGCGACACUCGACAGGGACGUAUCGAUCCGACGGGCUGCCAGUGCAGCGUUUCAAGAGUCAGUCGGCAGGCUGGCUCUAUUCCCACACGGAAUCGAUGUGAUACGGAUGACGGAUUUCUACGCCGUAAGUGUGCGGAGGAAUGCAUUCCUCGAAUGCGCGAUCAAGGUCGCUGCAUUCGAAGAGUACAGAGAAUAUCUGUUGGAUCAUCUGAUAGAGAUCGUGACGGUGCACUGGGAUCCUGCGAUGCGUGGGCUGGGUGCGCAGGCUGUGGCGCGUAUCGCUAUGCAUGAUGCAGAGUCGCUGUUGCCAGAAAUCACAGUGCGCCUAGGUAAGCGUAUCGGUACCUCCGAUAAUGCAGUGCUUCAUGGGACGCUGUUGACCCUGGCGGAAGUGUGUCGGAUCUCCCGAACAAGCACAGACGGGGUGGCAGCGAGCAAAGUCAGAGCUUCCUGCUUUGAUCUGCUCGAUGCAGUGCGACCCACCGUGUUUCGCUCGCUCGGCGCAGCAUCUAUCCUGCAAGCAGCUUGCCAGCUGAUCGGCAGCUCCUUCUCUCACACGACGACUGCCUCGCCGAACGAGUCCCAGACGUGGGAAAAGGUCAUCAACCUCGCACUUGCACGUCAAGAAGAGCCGGUCCACAUCGCUGCAGCCGAAGCUAUCUCGCAGCUCAGCACCGUCGUCAACCUCUCCACCAAGAUCCGCUCCACCCUCGACAACUGGUCCAGCUUGACCAUUCCACAACAGCAGAGCAAUGCGCUUCUUCUUGGUGCGCUCGACUUUUCCUUGCACGACGACCUCUUCGUCCCCGUGGUCGAACAUCUGAUCGCUCUGGGUACACCAAGCACCAAGACAAUCCGAAACGAGUUGUACUCGCCGAACAUCGAAGUCCGUCGAAACGCCAGUGACAGCAUCGCACGUGCUCUGAUCUCCUCUCGCUCCACGUUCAACCCGAAUCUCAUCGAAAGCGUCAUACGGGCACUGCUCACGGGACUCCAAGAUUAUUCGACGGACCAGCGAGGCGACGUAGGCUCGUGGGUACGACUCAGCUCUCUUUCGGGUUUGAAGCAGAUCCUGAUCUUAUGUCGGCAAAGGAGACAACCUUUGCUGCAAGAGCUGUUUCAGGAUGCAGUGGGAGGCAUGUGGAAACAGGCGGCUGAGAGGAUUGAUCAUGUUCGUCAUGCUGCGGGCUUGAGUGUGCUCGAAGUCUAUCAUGCAUACGGGGAUGCAGAACAGGGAUGUAAACCGCUCGGCUACGAUGUUGUUGCCGACGCAUUUGGCAGCGAAGCUCUGACAACGGGAGAAGACGGUGUGGUCGGGAUGAGACUGAAAGAUCCACGACAGGCCUUCCCUCGAAUCUGCCAUCUGCUAGUUAUCGAACGUUACCGGACACCCAUAUUGGAAGGCUUGAUCGUCAGCGUCGGUUCCAAAUCCGAUCUCGGCGAACGUAUCAUCGGUCCCGCUCUGACUUCCCUCACCACCUCUGCCUCUACCACCCUCCCUCUGACCGCACUCCUCAACGAUCUCUUCCAGCUCGCAAAGUCCAACUUUGGCAACAACCGCAUCUUUAUCCCCUGCACCACCACCGUCAACCUGCUACUCGAAAAUGGAGCCUCGCAGGGCGGGUUGGAACGAGACGCUCUCAUUCGAUGGCUGAAGAUGACCAUGACCAACGUGGCGAAGAUCAAGGCGGUUCAGAGGGUGGUGGUGAGCGCUACGCUUGCUGCGAAUGCUGUUCUUGCCAUCAAAAGCUGUGAAAGCGAUAAGGACGAUUUGGUGGAGAUCCUCAGAAAGGCGUCAGAGGUGUUUUUGGGUCAUCCUUUCCCGACGGUGAGAGUAAAGAUGGCGGAACAGCUGUACGCAGUUUUGUCGUCGAGCUGCAGUUUCGAUGACGCGGAAGAAGGGGAGGACGAGAGUGAAGGCAAGAGCAAAAUGCAAGUAUGGGAAGAGCUGGAGGCUGCACUCCUGGACACCAAGUGGGGGGCGACGACAGGUGCGGAUGUCGAGGCAAUACGGGUCGUCACAACUGCCUUGCCUCGCGUCCUGGAGUGA